CUGUGCGUGAAUGUGCGUACCAUGCGUGAGCGUGCGCGGGUGCGUCGGCCGGCGAGGGAGCAGCAAACGGCCGGCGGCUGGCGCCGCGCGGGGGGGGGGGCGGGUGGCGCGGAGGCAGCGGUGGCCAUGGCCGAGGCGUCUCCGCAGCCCGGACGGUACUUCUGCCACUGCUGCUCGGUCGAGAUCGUGCCGCGCCUGCCGGAUUAUAUCUGUCCAAGAUGUGAGUCGGGCUUCAUCGAGGAGCUUCCAGAAGAGACCAGGAACACAGAGAACAGCUCCGCCCCAUCCACAGCCCCCACUGACCAGAGCCGGCAGCCCUUUGAGAAUGUGGACCAGCAUCUGUUCACGCUGCCCCAGGGCUAUGGACAGUUCGCUUUCGGCAUCUUUGAUGACAGCUUUGAGAUCCCCACCUUCCCUCCUGGGGCGCAGGCUGACGACAGCAGGGACCCUGAGGGCCGGCGGGAGAGAGAGCAUCAGUCUCGGCACCGGCAUGGCACCCGGCAGCCCCGCGCCCGCCUUACCGCCAGGCGGGCUACCGGCCGGCACGAGGGUGUCCCCACGCUGGAAGGGAUCAUCCAGCAGCUGGUCAAUGGCAUCAUCACCCCAGCCACCAUCCCCAACUUGGGCCUGGGCCCCUGGGGUGUCUUGCACUCAAACCCGAUGGACUAUGCCUGGGGGGCCAACGGCCUGGAUGCCAUCAUCACGCAGCUCCUCAACCAGUUUGAGAACACGGGCCCCCCGCCUGCAGACAAGGAGAAGAUCCAGGCCCUGCCCACCAUCCCUGUCACUGAGGAGCACGUAGGCUCUGGACUCGAGUGCCCCGUAUGUAAGGACGACUAUGCGCUGGGCGAGAGUGUGCGGCAGCUGCCAUGCAACCACCUGUUCCACGAUGGUUGCAUUGUACCCUGGCUAGAGCAGCAUGACAGCUGCCCUGUCUGCCGUAAGAGCCUCACGGGACAGAACACAGCCACGAACCCCCCCGGCCUGAGUGGUGUGAGCUUCUCGUCGUCAUCGUCCUCCUCCUCCUCCAGCUCCCCCAGCAACGAGAACGCCACGAGCAACUCCUGAGCCGUGGGCCACAGUGACACUCAGCGCUUCCCGUUGUUGCUACAGCACACAGCAGCCAGGCUGCGCCGAGGGGACCGGCCCUCCAGGGACCAGAGCUGGGCCGUGCCUGAGGGACAGGCGCUGCUGCUCGCACGAGGGCCUGGCUCCUGUCUUGUCUCUAACCUCACCCUCCAGGUGUUCACGGCAGAAUGGUUUUUAUGAUUUUAAAUUAUUACUGCUUUGAAAUAAAUGGACGUUUUGGCUCACAUGCGGCCGCGCAUGAUCUGUGGAGGCCGGGUGGAGCUGCUCACCAGGACUGGCCCAGGGCCUGUCUGCAAUCCACAGCCUGCGCCGGCUCAGGACCACAGGGUGACCAGCAGAACCAGGAACAAAACUGCUCCACAGACGUUUUCUAAAAGGAGAAAUAUGUGUAUCUUGAAAGCUAUUUAAAAUACACCUACUCGAGGA